CACUGUUGCUGUGUUUUUUUGCCGCCAAAAGUAAAUUAACAAAUUGUAUAAAACACGCGAAACGAAACAUGGAUACGGAACUGAAGCAGCAAUUCGACGAGAUUGGCGUGGAGCCAAGCGAUGCGGUGCUGGACAAGUGUAUGGAACUGGCCAUCUCGUAUGGAUGCAUGGAUGCAACGGAGUUCGUGGAGCAGUGGAUGGCCUUUAGCUUGUCCCAUUUGCACGGAGAUGAACCAACUCCGGAGAAUCUGGGCGAGUUCGAGCGCAAGGUACUCCAGCUGAAGAAGGAAAAGGUGGGCUUCAAGACAUCCACACAGAAGACAAAAACGUAUGCCCCUGCUCCUGUGGCCGACACGAGCUCUCUCACCACUUAUGGCCUGAUCGAAGAUGAUCCCAUGAUGGAUGACUAUGUGAGCGAGUCGGUGACAGACUCCUCGAUGAUGCACACGCCCAAGUCCAAGAAGGAUCCUUCGUCCCGCUCGUCUGCACUCAAGGGCGGCGUUCUCUUCAGUCCCGCGAGCUACACGCCGCAGUCGGCCAAACGUACCCCAGCGGCAGGAACAGGCACAGGCACACCAUCGACGACAACAGUGGCUGGAAAACCAGGGGACACUGUGGACACCUUCGGCCACCCCAAACUGCUAGCUGGAACCGAGUGGCAAGCCAAACUGGAGCAUACCCUGUCUGUGUCGCAGAAACUACUGCACCAGGAGGCUCCGCUAACGCUCGCCAAUCUGAGCUACAUGAACGACUUGCUGUGCGAUAAGUGUGAUGACCUGGAAGACCGGCUGGAGGCCACGGGACGAGCACUGGUGGAGAAGAAGCUCUCCGCGGAGGAAGUGGCCGAGAUCAGUUGGUAUCCGCAGGACGGGCAAACGCUGCAGGCGCUGCACAAGCUCUAUGCCGUGGGCAUGAUACAUUCCGAGGACGAUGGACCGCUGGACGCCUACUCCUCCUUCAUGGCGGUGACCGAUGGCGAGGAGUGCAGCUACCUCGAAUUAAAUUUCACACGCAUAAAGUCGGCCAGCAUCUUCCCGGGCCAAGUGGUGCUGGCGAAGGGGUUCAUACCAAAAGGCACGACCUUUGUGGUGGAGGAGAUCCACACGGAGCGGAAGCUGACGCCGCCCUCGCCCUUGAGGGUGGACAGGGAGCUGCAGUUCGUGGUGGCCGCCGGUCCGUAUACCCACAGUACGGAUAUGUUCUACGAUCCACUGCAAGAUCUGCUCAAGUACCUGAAGGACCACAGACCGGAUGUCCUCGUUCUGGUGGGUCCCUUUGUGGAUGCGAGUCACAAGCUGGUCGCCGAGAUGGCUGAGACUUUCGACUCGUUCUUUGAGAAGAUGAUUGCGGGCAUCAUGGAGGUGGUGGGAGCUCACACGACAGUGCUCAUGGUCAGCAGCCAGAAGGACGCCAUGUCCCACGCGAUCUAUCCCACACCGCCGCCCACUCUACGCAGGACGUACCCCAAUCUGCACCUGCUGCCCGAUCCCUCGAUCGUGGACUUGGACGGCAUCACUGUGGGCGUCACCUCCACCGAUGUCGUGGACCAUUUGCUCAGCCACGAGUUUGCGGUGAAUGGCGGCGAGCGGAUGCAUCGGGCCAUCAACCACCUGUUCAAUCAGGGCUCCUUCUACCCCAUGUACCCGCCGGCGGAUGAGGACAUGGCCUACGACUCGCAGCUGGCCCUGAAGUACGCACAGCUGCGGCAACUGCCCAAUAUCCUGCUGCUGCCCGGGGACCAAAGGCACUUUAUACGGCUGGUCAGCGACUGCCUGGUGAUCAAUCCCGGACGGCUGGCGGACAACAAGGGCGGUACCUUUGCCCGCUUCCUGGUGACGCCAACAGCCCCAACGGCGACGGGCAAGGCCGCCAGCCUGUUCAACAGCGUUGCCUGUCAGGUACAACGUAUCUGAUCGAGCCAUCGCGCAGUUAGUCGUUAAAGCAUUUAU